UGUGUUUGAAAUAAAUCAACCAAUCAGAACAGUGGCUUUAUAAUAUAAAUACAACUGCUAUCGGCCAUUGCUUAAUUUGGAUUGUGGUUAAGAAGAAUUGCAGCUUUCUUAUUAAUCAUAACACGAAGAUCACUUCACGUCCUUCAAAAUGCAAAUUUUUGUAAAAACACUGACGGGAAAGACCAUUACUUUGGAGGUGGAACCGUCUGAUACAAUUGAAAAUGUAAAGGCAAAGAUCCAAGACAAAGAAGGUAUUCCUCCAGAUCAACAGCGUUUGAUUUUUGCAGGGAAACAGUUGGAAGAUGGUCGUACUUUGUCAGAUUAUAACAUCCAAAAAGAAUCUACCCUCCAUCUUGUACUCCGAUUGAGAGGUGGUAUGCAAAUUUUUGUAAAAACACUCACUGGAAAAACCAUCACUUUGGAAGUAGAACCUUCAGAUACCAUUGAAAAUGUAAAGGCAAAGAUCCAAGACAAAGAAGGUAUUCCCCCAGAUCAACAGCGUCUGAUUUUUGCAGGGAAACAGCUGGAAGAUGGUCGUACUCUGUCAGAUUACAACAUCCAGAAAGAAUCUACCCUCCAUCUUGUACUCCGAUUGAGAGGUGGUAUGCAAAUUUUUGUGAAAACACUUACAGGAAAAACCAUCACAUUGGAAGUAGAACCUUCAGAUACCAUUGAAAAUGUAAAGGCAAAGAUCCAAGACAAAGAAGGUAUUCCUCCAGAUCAACAGCGUCUGAUUUUUGCAGGGAAACAGCUGGAAGAUGGUCGUACUUUGUCAGAUUAUAACAUCCAAAAAGAAUCUACCCUCCAUCUUGUACUCCGAUUGAGAGGUGGUAUGCAAAUUUUUGUGAAAACACUUACAGGAAAAACCAUCACAUUGGAAGUAGAACCUUCAGAUACCAUUGAAAAUGUAAAAGCCAAAAUUCAAGACAAAGAAGGUAUUCCUCCAGAUCAACAGCGUCUGAUUUUUGCAGGGAAACAGCUGGAAGAUGGUCGUACUCUGUCAGAUUAUAACAUCCAAAAAGAAUCUACCCUCCAUCUUGUACUCCGAUUGAGAGGUGGUAUGCAAAUUUUUGUGAAAACACUCACUGGAAAAACCAUCACAUUGGAAGUAGAACCUUCAGAUACCAUUGAAAAUGUAAAGGCAAAGAUCCAAGACAAAGAAGGUAUUCCUCCAGAUCAACAGCGUCUGAUUUUUGCAGGGAAACAGCUGGAAGAUGGUCGUACUCUCUCAGAUUACAAUAUCCAAAAAGAAUCUACCCUCCAUCUUGUUCUUCGAUUGAGAGGUGGUAUGCAAAUUUUUGUGAAAACACUUACAGGAAAAACCAUCACAUUGGAAGUAGAACCUUCAGAUACCAUUGAAAAUGUAAAGGCAAAGAUCCAAGACAAAGAAGGUAUUCCUCCAGAUCAACAGCGUCUGAUUUUUGCAGGGAAACAGCUGGAAGAUGGUCGUACUUUGUCAGAUUACAAUAUCCAGAAAGAAUCUACGCUCCAUCUUGUACUCCGAUUGAGAGGUGGUAUGCAAAUUUUUGUAAAAACACUCACUGGAAAAACCAUCACAUUGGAAGUAGAACCUUCAGAUACCAUUGAAAAUGUAAAAGCCAAAAUUCAAGACAAAGAAGGUAUUCCCCCAGAUCAACAGCGUCUUAUUUUUGCAGGGAAACAGUUAGAAGAUGGUCGUACAUUGUCAGAUUACAAUAUCCAGAAAGAAUCUACCCUCCAUCUUGUACUCCGACUGAGAGGUGGUAUGCAAAUUUUUGUGAAAACACUUACAGGAAAAACCAUCACAUUAGAAGUAGAACCUUCAGAUACAAUUGAAAAUGUAAAAGCCAAAAUUCAAGACAAAGAAGGUAUUCCUCCAGAUCAACAGCGUCUGAUUUUUGCAGGGAAACAGUUGGAAGAUGGUCGUACUUUGUCAGAUUAUAACAUCCAAAAAGAAUCUACUCUCCAUCUUGUACUCCGAUUGAGAGGUGGUAUGCAAAUUUUUGUAAAAACACUUACUGGAAAAACCAUCACAUUGGAAGUAGAACCUUCAGAUACCAUUGAAAAUGUAAAAGCCAAAAUUCAAGACAAAGAAGGUAUUCCCCCAGAUCAACAGCGUCUGAUUUUUGCAGGAAAACAGCUGGAAGAUGGUCGCACUCUCUCAGAUUACAACAUCCAGAAAGAAUCUACCCUCCAUCUUGUACUUCGACUGAGAGGUGGUAUGCAAAUUUUUGUGAAAACACUUACAGGAAAAACCAUCACAUUGGAAGUAGAACCUUCCGACACUAUUGAAAAUGUAAAAGCCAAAAUUCAAGACAAAGAAGGUAUUCCCCCAGAUCAACAGCGUCUGAUUUUUGCAGGAAAACAGCUGGAAGAUGGUCGUACUCUCUCAGAUUACAAUAUCCAGAAAGAAUCUACCCUCCAUCUUGUACUUCGAUUGAGAGGUGGUAUGCAAAUCUUCGCAGAAAAUUUCAUGGAAGACCACAAUGCCUGCAAACUGCCAGAGGAUGAUCAUACUUUGUCCAACAGUCAGAAAGAAUCUACUCUCCAUUUUGUAUUAUGGUUGAGAGGUGGUUUUUAAAAGAAUCAUUUCCCUAUUUGCCUAAAGCCCCCAUUUGACUUUACAAAAAUUUGAUCCUUUUAACCUGUGGAUUUUCUGUAUAUAAAUUUUCCACAGACUAGGUCUAUUUUGUGCAAAUCUAAUGUUUGCUUAAAUAAAAUUGAACUAUAUCAUGAA